UGAAAUUUCGGAGCGCCUAAAAAUGAUUCUUUGUUCAGGACCAGAAUACGAGGAUAUCAUCAGCAAAACAGAUUUUAUUAACUAUUAUUCUUAUAGAACAGACAGAAGGCUAAGAUGGAAACCCUAUUCCGAGAAUUGCAAUUAUGACGUUAGAUGUUGGAUGGACCUUAACAAAAAAAAAUGUCCAUCUAAACUCGACCGGUAGAAGGAUUAAUUAAUGAGCGCAUAACAUUACCUGAUGACGAACAAGAUAUUAUUUUGAUGACCUCUAUCAGUAACAAAUUCGAUUUUGCUGCCACAAAAACAAUUCGACUUAUUACGAGCUAUUUUUAUCCACGAUUGGACAUUCACGUGACCGAAUUAUUUGACAUAAAAUCAAAUUUGUCGCUAUAUAUCUUCGCACCUGCUUCGUCAACCGAAAAGUGCAAUAAAAAAACAGAUUGGAAGAUCACUCAGAACAUCAGCCACGCUGACCUUUUAAAUUUUACCCAAAGAUUGUCGACCGUGCAGGGAGUCAGAGAACUGCGCAAUGUGUUAACAUGUAACGCACCAGGUGCGAUAGACAGUACUACAACAACAAAUUCUAUGCAUGCUUUGCCUUUCGAGUUGGAGAAAGAUCUGACAAUCCGUGAGCUUCUCGAAACAUUAAAUGUACCAUUAUUAACGUCCGAAAUGAUCGAACUGGAUACUAUAUUUGGGGAUAACUCCCGUGUGAAAAUCCGCAAUGCCGUGCAUCGUUCUCACAUUAAGGCUACAAGUGAAGAAGUGGUCGUGCAUGCGACGACAUUGAUUAGCAGCAAAGGAGAAGACCCUCCUUCGAAUUCCAAUAUUGUCGACAUAAAUUGCAAUAAUCCAGUCAUCUGGAUGAUCGCUCAACCAUUUUAUGAGGACGUCCUCUAUGUUGGCAGUUGUAAUAAUACCGAGCGUGUUACUAAACCUGUAUCGGCGGAUAUGCCAAGUACAUCAGGCUGCUCGCCAAGCAAAAAGCGGCGGAUCGACGAGUCUUCUUGAAAUUCUAUCGAUAAACCCAAAUUUGAAAUUGUAGAUAUGUCAAAAAAUGGGAGCGAUGUGGUCUCGAUGAUCUUGAUGCACAGGGAAGAAGACUCCUCUGCAAACACCGAAGUAGUCAGCGUAAAUUGCAAUGAAUUUUUUCUCUGGCUGAUCUAUGACACACUACAAGAAGAAAUUCUCUAUGUCGGCACUUGUAAUAGUGCCGAGCAAAAUGGUUUUGUCUUUUUAACUUACUCAUUAUAAGGCGAUGAAGUAUAACUUACAUUAGUAAGCAUUGAUAUUAUUUAGUAACAAUAUGUAUAUUU